AUGACUUGCACGUAUCACAUGAAAGUGACUGAUGAGGAGCAAAAUAAAAUAUCAUGUGUAACCGGUGCAAAAGGUGAUCAAGGUACUACAGGAAAUACUGGUGUUACCGGCGCAAAGGGAGCAUCGGUCAAAGGUGACCAAGGAAACACUGGCGUUACUGGUUCCAAAGGCGAGAUUGGUGACACUGGUGUUACUGGAAGCAGAGGUGCGACUGGUGUAACUGGCGCAAAAGGAUCUACAGGCGACAAAGGAGAUGUUGGUGUCACUGGAUCAAAGGGAGAUACUGGUGUUACUGGAUCAAAGGGAGAUACUGGUUCAACGGGAUCAACUGGUGUAACCGGUGCCGUGGGUGCGACUGGUGUCACUGGUGAUACUGGCGUAACUGGUUCUACGGGAGAGAAAGGCCAAACUGGUGACACUGGAGUAACAGGCAGCAAGGGCCAGACUGGUGAUACUGGAGUAACUGGAAGUAAGGGCGACACCGGCAGCAAAGGAGACACUGGCGUGACUGGAGUUAAGGGUUCUACGGGAGAUACUGGUGUAACUGGGAACACUGGUAAUACUGGUGUUACUGGUGCAACUGGGGAUGUUGGAGCCAAAGGUGAAGUAGGCGAGAAAGGGGAUCAAGGCACAACUGGUGUAACCGGCUCACAGGGGAUCAAGGGUAAUACAGGAGCAGUUGGCGUCACUGGCUCCACGGGUUCGAAAGGCGAAGUUGGUGAGAAAGGAAAUACAGGUGUCACAGGAGUAUAUGGCGAUACCGGCGUUACUGGUUCUAAGGGUACCAGUGGUCAAAAGGGAGAUACUGGUGUAACUGGAGCCAAAGGCGACACUGGUGUCACAGGUGCGAAGGGCCAGACUGGCGAGAAAGGAGAUACUGGUGUGACUGGCAGCAAGGGAAAUAUUGGCGUAACCGGAUCCAAAGGUGACGGAGGUCAGAAAGGAGGUGGCGGUGAGAAAGGCGAAGUCGGCACAACUGGAGUCACAGGUUCAAAGGGGGACACUGGUGAAACGGGUAAUACUGGUGUCACUGGUUCCAAGGGCGAAGUCGGACAAAAGGGAGAGUUUGGUAACGCUGGUGUCACUGGAGAUACUGGUGUCACUGGAGCAAAGGGAGCUACAGGAGACAAAGGAGAUGUUGGUAUCACUGGUGUCGGUGGGGAUAUUGGCGUCACAGGAGCUAAAGGCUCCACUGGUAGUAACGGGGAUACAGGUGUUACAGGUUCCAAGGGCGACACUGGAGUUACUGGCGCUAAAGGAUCGACUGGUGACAUAGGAAACACUGGUGUAACUGGAGCAAAGGGAGUUGUAGGUGAUACUGGUGUCACUGGUAAUACUGGUGUUACUGGCGCCAAGGGUGUUGCUGGAACCUCGGGCCAGAAAGGAGAAAUCGGAAAUACUGGAGUAACUGGAGUUAAAGGUGGACAGGGCGAUACAGGAUCUACUGGCGUCACAGGGUCCAAAGGAGAUAUCGGUGUAACUGGAGUUGAUGGCGAUACUGGUGUUACUGGAUCAAAGGGAGAAAAUGGCCAGAAGGGAGACACUGGUGUGACCGGCUCCAAAGGUAACACUGGAGGCAAGGGCGAGAGUGGUCAGAAAGGUGAGGUCGGAAAUACUGGCGUUACUGGAUCCAAGGGCAGCACUGGCGGGACAGGUAAUACUGGUGUCACUGGUGCCAAGGGAGCCACUGGCACAACAGGGGCUAAAGGAGACACUGGUGUAACUGGUGCGGUUGGUGUGACAGGAGCCAAAGGAAAUGCCGGUGUUACUGGCGAUACUGGUGUCACUGGUUCGAAAGGAGAAGUUGGUGAGAAGGGUUCCGUAGGUGUAACUGGAAGUAAAGGAGACACUGGCGUUACCGGAGCUAAAGGUGGUACCGGCAGCAAAGGUGACACUGGCGUAACUGGAGCUAAAGGUAACACCGGAGACAAGGGUGAUAAUGGAGUUACUGGUGUCGAUGGGGAUACUGGUGUAACUGGUUCAAAGGGUGAAACUGGUCAAAAGGGAGACACUGGCGUUACUGGCAGCAAAGGAGGUACUGGCGAAAAGGGCCAACAAGGCGUCGUUGGUGUAACGGGCAACACUGGUGUUACAGGUUCAAAGGGUGACGAUGGUCAGAAAGGUGAUAUUGGUGUUACAGGAAGCAAAGGUGCUACUGGAGACAAAGGUGAUAUUGGAGUUACUGGCGUCGUUGGUGAUACUGGUGUUACUGGUUCGAAGGGCGAAACUGGUCAAAAGGGCGACAUUGGAGUUACUGGCAGCAAAGGAGCUACUGGUGAAAAGGGCCAACAAGGUGUCGUUGGUGUAACAGGCAAUACUGGUGUUACUGGUUCCAAGGGUGACACCGGUCAGAAGGGAGAUAUUGGAGUAACCGGCUCUAAGGGUGAAACAGGGGAUACAGGUGUUACGGGUAUUACUGGAAGCAAAGGAGACACCGGUGUCACAGGAGCUAAGGGAGUCACUGGCGACAAAGGCAAUACUGGAGUGACUGGUAGCAAGGGCUCUACAGGUGAGAAAGGAGUUGUUGGCGUAACUGGAGUAACAGGAAACACUGGUGUUACUGGUUCCAAAGGUGACAAUGGUCAAAAGGGGGACACUGGUGUGACCGGCUCUAAAGGUGAAACAGGAGAUAUUGGUGUUACGGGUGUUACUGGAAGCAAGGGAGACACUGGUGUAACCGGAACUAAGGGAGAAACUGGCGACAAAGGCAAUACUGGAGUGACUGGUAGCAAGGGCUCUACAGGUGAGAAAGGAGUUGUUGGCGUAACUGGAGUAACAGGAAACACUGGUGUUACUGGUUCCAAAGGUGACAAUGGUCAAAAGGGGGACACCGGUGUGACCGGCUCUAAAGGUGAAACAGGAGAUAUUGGCGUUACCGGUGUUACUGGAAGCAAAGGUGACACAGGUGUAACUGGAGCUAAGGGAGACACUGGUGACAAAGGCAAUACUGGAGUGACUGGUAGCAAGGGCUCUACAGGCGACAAGGGAAACGUCGGUGUGACCGGAGUAGAUGGAGACACUGGUGUCACAGGUUCAAAGGGAGAGAAAGGCCAAACGGGAGACACUGGUGCGACUGGAGUUACCGGACAAAAGGGUGAGGUAGGAAACGUCGGUGUAACUGGAAGCGUGGGAAGCACUGGUAUUACUGGUGCAACCGGAGACAAAGGUGAAGUUGGAAAUGCUGGUGUAACUGGAGCGGUGGGAGGCAAAGGAGAGGUCGGUGCCGUUGGUGUAACUGGUAUAAAAGGUGACACUGGUGUCACCGGUGCCAAGGGUGACAAUGGUAACAAGGGAUCAACAGGUGUCACAGGAGCAAAGGGUGACAUAGGUGUGACUGGCAAUACUGGUGUAACGGGAGCAAAGGGUUAUACAGGUGUUACUGGUGCGAAAGGUGAUAACGGCCAGCAGGGUGACACUGGCGUAACUGGAGCUAAAGGUGGGACUGGGGAUAAGGGAGAUAUCGGUGUCACUGGAGUUGAUGGUGAUAUUGGUGUUACUGGUUCCAAAGGAGAAAAUGGCCAGAAAGGAGACACUGGGGUUACCGGCUCUAAAGGCGAAAUUGGAGUAAAAGGUGACACUGGAGUGACAGGCUCAAAGGGUGACACGGGUGUAACUGGUGCUAAAGGUGGAACUGGAGCUAAAGGAGACAUCGGUGUGACAGGGUCAAAGGGCACGACUGGACAAAAGGGAGACAUUGGCGUAACUGGUUCCAAGGGCGACACUGGUAUUACAGGUUCUAAAGGCUCUACAGGCGACAAGGGAAAUUUUGGUGUAACAGGAGUUGACGGUGAUAUUGGUGUUACUGGUGCCAAAGGUGAAACUGGAGAAAAAGGAGCGCAAGGCGUGGUUGGUGUUACUGGUGCCACUGGUGUUACUGGAGCUAAGGGAGGGAAAGGAGAAAUCGGUGCCACUGGUGUUACCGGAUCAAAGGGCGAUACGGGCGUAACUGGGUCAAAGGGCAACACUGGAGUUACAGGUGCAAAAGGUGCGAAGGGCAAUCUUGGUAAAACUGGUGUAACAGGUUCAAAGGGUGACACUGGUUCAAAGGGUGACACGGGUGUUACUGGCUCAAAGGGCGACACUGGAGUGACCGGUUCAAAGGGAUCUACUGGCGAGAAGGGAGUCGGUGGUGUCACUGGAGUGAACGGUGAUACUGGUGUUACUGGCACCAAAGGUGCAACUGGAGAAAAAGGAGAACAAGGCGUGGUUGGUGUAACUGGUAAUACUGGUGUUACCGGAGCUCAGGGAGGCAAAGGAGAAAUCGGCGCAACUGGAAUUACUGGGUCGAAGGGUGAUACUGGCGUAACCGGGGCCAAGGGAGACAAAGGGCAAGUUGGCAACGUUGGUGUUACUGGAGCAAAGGGCAACACAGGAUCGACUGGUGUUACUGGUUCUAAGGGUGAAACCGGUCAAAAGGGAGAUAUCGGUGUGACUGGAGUCGACGGAAAUACUGGUGUGACAGGUUCAAAGGGUGGCAAGGGUGAAGUUGGCAACAAGGGCGACACCGGAGUGACAGGAUCCAAGGGAGACACAGGUGCCGUCGGAGUGACUGGCAAUACUGGUGUGACUGGAUCUAAAGGCGAUACUGGUGUAACCGGUGCCAAGGGGAUCACGGGUGACACUGGUGUUACUGGAUCCAAGGGAGACACCGGUGUCACUGGCUCUAAAGGAGACACAGGUGUCACUGGCUCUAAAGGAGACACAGGUGUUACUGGUUCAACGGGCGAGAAGGGUCAAAAUGGAGAUACUGGUGUCACUGGAUCGAAAGGUGAAGUUGGUACAACUGGUGUUACUGGCUCAAAGGGAGGUAACGGGCAGAAAGGAGCUACCGGUGGUAAGGGAGAUACUGGUGUCACUGGAGUUGACGGCGAUACUGGUGUAACUGGUUCUAAGGGAGAAAAUGGUCAGAAAGGAGACACUGGUGUGACUGGAGCUAAGGGUGACACAGGUGUAACUGGAUCAAAGGGUGACCAAGGCAGCAAGGGCGACAAAGGCGUCGGCGGUGAUGUUGGUGUUACAGGUGCUACUGGUGUGACAGGUGCCACCGGUGACAAAGGAGAAGUGGGAAACACCGGUGUUACCGGAUCAAAGGGAGACACAGGUCUGACAUCUUUCUUUUGA